ACAAGAACCAUCGUUCUUCUUCUCUCCAUAGUUAACGUCGCUGUGACGCGCGCGCUGCUGGCGCUCGAACUUGCCGAGAAAUCGAGGAUGCGUUCGAACAGAAAAAAAAAAAAAUUAAUAUAUUAUUCGCGAUAGGACGUGACGCGUCGUAGCACUAUUUUCUUAUCUCCUUAAUGAGUUCCAUGAACAUAUUUAAGCUUUACGUAACACCGUUGAAACAAUGUUUCGCGUAAACUGUUGACAGGUGUAUGUGUUGGACGAAGCGCCCCUUGGAAUUAACAAUAUACAUUUUUAUCACGCGAGUAUUCCACUAUUUCGCUAUUCAAAUUGCAUCAGGCUUGUAUCGUGGUGUUCCCGUCGUUCACCAACAUCAACGAUGACGACGAUCAUUUUCUGCUGGACAUGGACUCCUUGGUUGCCAGGAAGAGCAACCCCCUGACGACGCGCAGUUGUGAACCAUUGCGGAAAAAAUGUAUUUUCGGUGAGGAGAACAACGAGAUUGACGGUACCGGAUGGCCGGACAAACCCGUGAAACUCUGGUGCCAGGAGGAGACGAUAAGUUGGCUGAUGUCCGCGGCGUCUAGCAUGGGACAACCAUACAGUCUGAUCCAGCACAGCCUCGCAGUGCCCGGCCGCGACUUGGUCAAGUUCAAGAGGGAGGAUUUCAUCAAUCAUGAUCCAACGUACGGAGACCGACUUUACCACCUACUCAACUCAGAAACAUUGCUACCGUCGUUCGACACUAUUCACCCUCAUUCCGAAGACGAGUACACCAGGCCCAAUUCCAACCCUGCAUCAGAUACGGAAUCAGACAAUAGUAUCGAGGUGUCCAUCAAACGGCCACCGGGCAGGCCGAGAGUGUUGAAAUCCAAGAAAAAACCCACCAGCCAAGGAAAGCUCUGGGAAUUCAUUAGGGACUUAUUGCACAACCCGAAAACGUGUCCCAGUUUAAUAUGUUGGGAGGAUUAUUCGCAGGCGAAGUUCCGAUUCGUAAAAAGCGACGACGUUGCGAAACUGUGGGGAUCAAGAAAAGGAAACAAGAACAUGACCUACGAGAAACUGAGCCGAGCCAUGAGGUAUUAUUACAAAAGUAAAAUUUUUCUUCCUGUACUCGGCCGGAGGUUAGUCUAUCAAUUCGGGCCGAACGCGAAAGGCUGGCAGACUGAAAAUCCGAACUUCCGGUGUUAAUCCACCGUCACGGAUUCCCCGGAGAUGUAACAAAUACUUUUGAAGUUUCGAGCAUUGUAAAAAUUGUACAGAACCCGGUAACAGAUUUGUGAUUUGCAAACAAAGAUACUUCUAACGAUCAGGAUGAUUUUUGUCAAAGCGUUUUUAAUAUGUGUUAGAUGGAAGUAUUUUUCUCGGUAAACAAAAAGAAAGUGUUUAAGAAACUAUUUAAACGCCGUCUCGAUUAAGAACUUUAAAAGACUAAGAAAAAAGAUCUAGUAUUAUAGAUGGUACACGUUGACUACAUGUAAAUAACAUGAAGACAGUAUGAAUGAACAGAAAUGUGGAGAGUUUUCAUAUUUUGCUGUACGCGUGUUUUUCUGUAUGAACCGGCGGGAGUGCGGCGUGUGAGUAUGAAUUGAACCUUAGACACGUAGGAUUUUUACAGUUUUAUUUAAUUUUAAGUUUUAAUAAGAUCGUUUACUUAUGUAAAAGUAUACAUAUAAUCAAGAAAGGCAAUAAUUCUCGUGACUUACAAUCAAAUAAAUUCCUAUUACUUAUUCUUUUUUUA